AUGGCAUCUCAGCGCCGCAUGUUGGACUUUUUCAGUAGCGGCAGACAGUCACAGCAAGCAAGGCGAACUAGCGAAGAUACCAAGAGCGAACCGAAAAAUUUGAAGGAAUGUAUGCCCAUAUACGACAACGAUGGAAAUCUUAUGCAUGUGCUGAAUACAAAAACGGGUAAAUUGGAAGAACCCGCACCAAGAGAGAAACUCGCGUUCGAUCCUGAAACAGGAAAGCUGGGAUUGAUAAAAGUUCAAGAGGGAAUCAAUACUGAUUAUCAAAUUCAACUGGGUAUGGCUGAGGAUGGAUUUUUUGUGUUCAAAGUCUUGCCAUCGUUUUCAGCCGCAGUGUUGUACUGUAUAUAA